GCGAGGGAAAAAGUUACACAAGCACUUCACAGCGUUUUGUAACACUUGGGUGUACUACGACUACACACAGUAACUAUUCCCAUUCAUUUCCAACCCGCUACGCUGAACUUGGCACAUACAGCAACCAAGUGCUGCUUCUAGACACUAGACGACGUGGGGUUUAACGCUUUAAAACACACAGCGACAGGACCAUUUAGCUUUUAUGUGUUGGACGUUGAGAUGGUGAGAAAGUAAGAAGAAGCGAGUGUGUACUGUGUCUGACUUCGGGUGAGCGUGAAAAUACGGGUUCAAGCCAGAGGAGAAACACAAACGGACAGGAGAAAACAACAUGGAGUUACAUUCAGUCCUGCUGACAACCGGCGCGUCUGUGGGCGUCUUCAAUCUGGUCAACCGUGGACUUGGUAAACUCUAUGUACCAGAGACAGCUCAGAGGAAUAUAUGGAAAUGGAGAAACAUAUCCACAUCUUUCAUUCACAGCCUUAUCACUGGAAUAUGGGCUGUGCUUUGUUUUUAUAUGCAUCCCCAGAUGGCUGAAGAUUUGAUAGAAACACACACUGUCUUCUCACAUGCUUUGGUGUGUGUAUCAAUUGGAUACUUCAUAUAUGACUUAUUUGACAUGGUUUUUAAUCAGAAGAUCAGCCAUUCAUGGGAGCUCCUUUUCCAUCACAUGGUGGUGAUCACCUGCUUUGGGCUGUCGGUACUGACGUGUCGCUAUGUGGGCUUUGCGGUUGUAGCCCUGCUUGUGGAGAUCAACUCCAUCUUCCUGCACCUGAGGCAGAUGAUGCGGAUGGCCAGUAUUGCCAAGAGCACCGUGUACCGUAUAAACAGCAUGAUUAACCUGGGCACAUACGUGGUGUUCCGCAUCAACACGCUGGCAUGGAUGACACGCUGGUUGGUGCUGAACCGCGAUCACAUUCCCCUUUUCAGCUACACGGUGGGCAGUGUAGGAAUGGCCAUCAUGACUCUCAUGAACAUUGUUCUGUUCUACCGGCUGCUCCGUACCGACUUCCUCAAGUCCAGCCGCGAGAAAGAGGUCAGGAAAGACAAGGACAUGUAAUAGGAGCAGGAAAGCACUCUUGUCUAUGUCUGAAUGAAACUAACUUCACCCAGAACCUCAUAUUCCACACCUUGCAGAUGCCGGCAUCUGAUGACAGGUCGUUCUGUUUUAUACCAGCCUUCUGAUGAACUUCUAUGCCUUUUGAAGUGUAAUUAAUUACACCGAAAGCUUGUCACAAGCUUGUGAUAAAAAAAAAUCUAGUAAAGUGAUGCAUCAAUGGAAUUAAUGGUGUCUGUUUGUGGGCUGGCAGGAGUGCCGUAUGUUCUGUCCCUAAACAAUGCUGUAAUUAAAGCUGAAUUAAACUAUACCAUCGCAACUUCAAAGUAUAAUUACAUUAAUACACACAGUACUGUGUAAAUGUUUUAGGCACUCUAUUUUUUUUUGUACAUACUUUGUUAUACAUUUUUGUUUUAUGACUUCUACAUUAUCAAGUCAGUACAAAAACAUUUUAGAUUUCCAAACAUUAGUUUAAGAGAACACUUUUCAGACAAAAGACAUAAUGAAGGCUGCUGGGUUUUGCUGCAAAAAUAAAAACAAGUGCGACCGUCAAAGUCUCCAGAAGAACCGUGGCUGGUUCUGCAAGAUGCUCAAUAAAACUUACAGCUCAUUUCCUUAUAAAACUGCACACAUUGUACCUUGGCUGUCACACCAGAUAUUGACUUUGUUUCAUUUAAUACUGUUUACUGCUCUUUGUAGUAUUUUUUAAAAAUGUAGAAACAUUUCAUUUCAUACUUUUUGAAGGUAUCUUUGCUCUACAGCAUUUCUUUGCAUGUGCCUAAGAUUUUUAAACAGUACUGUACAUAAACUAACAAUACAUGUUAGUUUAUACAUAUAUAAAUAUAUAUAUACCUUGCACAGACCUCAUGAAGGUUUGUUUAGCCUUGUUAACCCUACCUCUGCUAUCUCAUAAUCAUGUAGCAGUUAGAUUGUUAGUCUUCUCUUAGCUUCAUCUGUGUGUUCAGGACCUGUUAGUGGUUCUAGCAGAGUGACACGGUUUUGCUUGUUUUCCUACAUAAUACUGACCAGAGGGGGGAAAAACAGCUGAUUAAUGUUGGUUGUAUAAAUGCUUUAGAUCAGACUUGUGUGUUUGACAUUUUCACAGCAGUCCUGCAAUCAUAGUUCUCUUCCAAACAGCACUAACGUGCUGCAAUAAGUCUGAUGACGUCUGAUAAGUUUCACAGUUAAUUAGACUGUUGGCCAUCACUGUGACCUCAUGGUAGCUGAAUCUGAAAGUGCUCAGUGUACUUACAGGAAACUGUUCAAACUGUAAUGGCAUUUUGUAUGUAUAUUUUUGUCAUUUAUUUUUACUCAAAUAUCAUUUAAAUGUCAUACUAAAAUGGAUUUGCUGAAAAAUGGUUACCUGAUAAAAGAGUGGAUAAUUGUUUUUUUUUUGUUGUUUGGUUUUUUUUUUUUGGUUUUUUUUUUAAUGUUGUGAUAUUCACAGUGGUCUACAGUGAAAAGUCCAGUUCUUUUUUUGUUAUCCCCAUUUUCAUGUUUUAUAGUGUGGUGUUUAAUGGUUCAGAGUAAAGACUCUAAUCAGAUGUUAACAGGUAAUGUGUAGUGUUCAUGCUGGCUUUGUCAGGGUUUUGAAGAAGUUACACAUUAUAACUACGUAGCACAUACCAGUAUGUGCCACACUUCAAAAUUAAUGUUGUCAAUUAAAAUGACACAAAAACUACACUUUAAUAACAUUAAAAACAGUAAUCGUGUAGAUUUGCCUCCUGGCCAAGAUCAGCUCCAACUGCAAAACAGCUAGUUGGGGUGGAAGCCAUUUAAAGUUAAAAACAAAAUUUUGUAGAAAUUAAUCUCAAUAAUAAUAAUACUAAUAAUGAGUGUAUAAUUAUCAUUUAUUAUAAAUUAAUGAACUCAAUUAAAGGACGCUUAAGAUGCCACAUUAAAUUUGUGUUGUUACCUUGAGGUUUAGGGUGUAACCAAGUUUUGAGAUUCGAGCUGUAGAUUGUGCUCUUGUGAGAGAUCAGAUUCUUUUUGCAGGUAACACACUAUCAUUUCAUGAACAUAGUAAGGUAGUAAUGUUUUUUUUUUGUUGUUUUUUUAAAUUGAAUUCUAUGAAGUGCAGUUCUAUAUUAUGCAAUGAAAAUGUACUGUGGUUAUAUUAUGAAGGAAUUUUAAGUAGUGCAUCGUCAGAGUUUCCAAAGCCAUAGAUGGUAUCCAAGUGGUUUACUUGUGUAAAUGAUUAGAAAACUGUAAUGCUUUAAUUAGCAUAUCACCAUUCAGCACUACUGUCUUAAAAUUACUAUGAUUGUGUUUAAAUUGUACAUAACACAUGUUUUUGUUUGUAUAAAUGGAUGUCUUGUAAUUUAAUAAAUUUGCCAUUUAUAUAUUUUGUAUGAUACUUUUAUGUGAAAAUAAAGAAGUAACCCUU